CAAUUGCUGACCGCGGGGCCCAAGCGAACCAAUGGGGACGCAGCAGCCGCGGCGUCCGAACGCGGCGUCUCUUUUUUCCCGCGAAACUCGGCGGAGCUUGUGGGUUGCUCGUCUCCCCGUGGAGUGCCGGAAGAGAGAGGUGCAGUCAUGUCGGGCUUCGACGACCCCGGCAUUUUCUACAGUGACAGCUUCGGGGGGGACACCGCGGCCGAUGAGGGCAAGGCCCGCAAGUCGCAGCUGCAGAGGCGCUUUAAGGAGUUCCUGCGGCAGUACCGAGUGGGCACGGACCGCACCGGCUUCACCUUCAAAUACAGGGAUGAGCUCAAGCGGCACUACAACCUGGGGGAGUACUGGAUCGAGGUGGAGAUGGAGGACCUGGCCAGCUUUGAUGAGGACCUGGCCGACUUCUUGUACAAGCAGCCUACUGAACACUUGCAGCUGCUGGAGGAAGCCGCAAAGGAGGUGGCCGAGGAGGUGACUCGGCCCCGGCCCGCUGGGGAGGAGACACUCCAGGACAUCCAGGUCAUGCUCAAGUCGGACGCCAGCCCGUCCAGCAUUCGCAGCCUGAAGUCGGACAUGAUGUCACACCUGGUGAAGAUCCCCGGCAUCAUCAUCUCGGCCUCGGGGGUCCGCGCCAAGGCCACCCGCAUCUCCAUCCAGUGCCGCAGCUGCCGCAACACCCUCACCAACAUCGCCAUGCGGCCCGGCCUGGAGGGCUACGCCCUGCCCAGGAAGUGCAACACGGAGCAGGCCGGGCGCCCCAAGUGCCCGCUGGACCCGUACUUCAUCAUGCCCGACAAGUGCAAGUGUGUGGACUUCCAGACCCUGAAGCUGCAGGAGCUGCCUGACGCGGUGCCCCACGGGGAGAUGCCCAGACACAUGCAGCUGUACUGCGACAGGUACCUGUGUGACAAGGUCGUCCCCGGGAACAGGGUCACCAUCAUGGGCAUCUACUCCAUUAAGAAGUUUGGCCUGUCCUCCAGCAAGGGCCGAGACAGGGUGGGCGUGGGCAUCCGCAGCUCCUACAUCCGGGUCCUGGGCAUCCAGGUGGACACAGAUGGCUCUGGCCGCAGCUUUGCCGGGGCUGUGACCCCACAGGAGGAGGAGGAGUUUCGGCGCUUGGCUGCCCUCCCCAACAUCUACGAGGUCAUUUCCAAGAGCAUCGCCCCCUCCAUCUUUGGGGGCAUGGACAUGAAGAAGGCUAUCGCCUGCCUUCUCUUUGGGGGUUCCCGAAAAAGGCUCCCCGAUGGACUGACUCGCCGAGGGGACAUCAACCUGCUGAUGCUGGGGGACCCGGGGACGGCCAAGUCCCAGCUGCUGAAGUUCGUAGAGAAGUGUUCUCCCAUCGGGGUGUACACGUCUGGGAAAGGCAGCAGCGCGGCAGGCCUGACAGCCUCGGUGAUGAGGGACCCCUCGUCCCGGAACUUCAUCAUGGAGGGCGGAGCCAUGGUCCUGGCUGACGGCGGGGUCGUCUGUAUCGAUGAGUUUGACAAGAUGCGUGAGGACGACCGCGUGGCCAUCCACGAGGCCAUGGAGCAGCAGACCAUCUCCAUCGCCAAGGCCGGGAUCACCACCACCCUCAACUCCCGCUGCUCUGUGCUGGCUGCUGCCAACUCCGUGUUCGGCCGCUGGGAUGAGACGAAGGGGGAGGACAACAUCGACUUCAUGCCCACCAUCCUGUCCCGCUUCGACAUGAUCUUCAUCGUCAAGGACGAGCACAAUGAGGAGAGGGACGUGAUGCUGGCCAAACACGUCAUCACUCUGCACGUGAGCGCGCUGACCCAGACCCAGGCUGUGGACGGCGAGAUCGACCUGACCAAGCUGAAGAAGUUCAUCGCCUACUGCCGCGCGAGGUGCGGCCCCCGGCUGUCGGCGGAGGCUGCGGAGAAGCUGAAGAACCGCUACAUCCUCAUGCGGAGCGGGGCCCGUCAGCACGAGAGGGACAGCGAACGCCGCUCCAGCAUCCCCAUCACCGUGCGGCAGCUGGAGGCCAUCGUGCGCAUCGCCGAGGCCCUCGGCAAGAUGAAGCUGCAGCCCUUCGCCACGGAGGCCGACGUGGAGGAGGCCCUGCGGCUCUUCCAGGUGUCCACGCUGGACGCCGCCUUGUCGGGCACCCUGUCGGGGGUGGAGGGCUUCACCAGCCAGGAGGACCAGGAGAUGCUGAGCCGCAUCGAGAAGCAGCUCAAGCGCCGCUUUGCCAUCGGCUCCCAGGUGUCAGAGCACAGCAUCAUCCAGGACUUCACCAAGCAGAAAUACCCGGAGCACGCCGUCCUCAAGGUCCUGCAGCUCAUGCUGCGGCGGGGCGAGGUCCAGCACCGCAUGCAGCGCAAGGUCCUCUACCGCCUCAAGUGAGCCUGCGCCGCCGCCGCUGCCUCCCCGCCGCUGCCGUCUCCGGAACUGCCCUCGGGCACUCCUCUCUGGCCCCGGACGGGGCCCACCUGGCCCAGAGAAAGGGGCCGCCCCGCGCUGCUCGCUGCCUCUGCACGUUGGGCCCAGACAGGGCCAGGAACUGAGCUUUUGGAGUCAUCGUAGUAAUAAAGCCGUGUGUAUGUGUGUGU